CCAGCGGGUUCAGCCCAGAGGGAUCAUGUGGGUUCUGGAGAAGAUCCGGGACUCGGUCGAAACAAAUGUGCUCCACCAAGGAGAGGCGGGUGACAAAGGGAAGGCACCUGUCUAUAGCAACGUCCUCACACCUGAUAAGAUUCCAGAUUUCUUCAUCCCCCCAAAGCUGGUAACCUGCCCACCAGAGACCGAAGCUACUGACGUCAACUCCAAAGAAAGUCUGAGACCCUCAACAUCAGAGCAAACCAUCAGCAACAAGAAGAUCAGCAGUCCUCGUAGCCCACGAUUAGUCAGCAAGUUGGCAGGAGACACCAAGAACCUCCUUAGGGCGGCUAACCGCCACAUCAUUCAGAUCGAGAGCGCGGAUGAUGUCGUAGCAGGCGACACCAACGCCGACCCUCAAUCCCAGACUGCCAUGUCACUUCCUUACAUUCCAAAGACUCAGACUUCUUAUGGUUUUGCCACGUUGAUGGAGAGUCCCCACACCCGGCGAAAAGAGUCCCUGUUCCACUGCGACCACACCAGUCCAGUUACGUCACCCAAUACCCAACGCAAGUCCCAAGGCAAGAGCAGCAACGAGGGGAAUCACCUCAACCCUCCGGACUUCAGCACCUCUCACAUAAACCCCUACCGAUACUUCAGCGGGGGCGAGAGCGACACUUGCUCUUCGGCAGAGUCGUCCCCGUUCAGUUCGCCACUGCUCUCUCGUUCUGCCUCUUUACUGAAGAUCUUUACCCAUGAGACACAGGCCAAGGUCGCCAAAGGCAAGCAGACAUUUGCCAGGCAUAGUUCCUUAUCUACAGACGAAUGCAGCUCGGCGGAGCCCAGUCCUAAUGUUCCUAGACGGAGCCACUGCUCCUCCUUGCAAGGUGGUGGAGCUCUGGACCAUCUUCAUGGUUCGGACCGUCAACACAAGGAGCACACCAUCAACAUGCACAAAGGAGGCACCAUCCGACUUUGCGCAGACUAUGAUGCGGGUACAGCCCGUCUUCGAAUCCGCAUUAUGGCGGCCGAGGACCUGUAUGAUCCUAUAUUUGACAUUAAGAGUAUCAACUGUUGUGUGUCACUCUACCUCAAUCCAGGCAAGUUGCAGAAGCAGAGGAGCACGAUAAUCAAGAACAGCCGCAAUCCCAUCUUCAACGAGGACUUCUUUUUUGAUUCGGUGACUUCGGCUCAGGUUAAGAACCUAGCUCUGAAGAUCAAGGUUGUGAAUAAAGGCACUAGCCUGAAAAGAGACAUGCUGUUAGGUGAACGGGAGGUCCCUUUGUGCAAGCUCUUGUCUGGAUUUUAGGCCUUCAGAAUGGGACGCUGUCUUUAAAGGUGGAAUAAGGUCUUCUAUACUAGAUAUUUGCUUUGUUGUUUUUCAUGUAGCCUGAUGCGGUGGUUAAUUUAGUAUUUACAGAUUCAGAA